AUGCCCAAGGUGUCCUGGCAUUUGCUUUCUUAUUCGGUGCUGCUGCUGCUGUUUGUGCUCUUGACAUGCUGUGGCAGUCAAGCUGCGGGGAGUGCCCCAGGGACGGCCGUUAAUUUAUUCACAGGGACGACACCGAUAACUUGUGCCAAAUGGGAGGAAAUGCAAUGCGUUGAAGGGUCAGUUCGCUCGCUGCGUGUCCCCAGCCUUGUGGAGGUGGACGGUGCUGUGUUUGCCGUUGCUGAGGCUCAUUGCAAGAAUGGAAGCGGCAGCUUCAGUGGCAUCGUAUCACAGCACCUCAAGAGAAUUGGAACAGAACCGACUGAGAUUCCGAUGGGUGCGGGCAGAGGUUCCUUUCACACACAGCUGCUGAAGGAAGGUGGCAACGAAAUGAGGGACACAUCGCGACCAACGACAAUUGUGAGUGGCAACAAUGUCUAUGUGCUGCUGAGAAGCUGCAGCCGUGCAACACCGGAGACCAGAGAGGCUGAUCAAAGUGGAUGUAAGAUUGUGCUGGUGAAGGGGAGUGUCACUGAGGGUGAAGAGAAGAAAGUCCAGUGGAACGAGACCCAUGCAAUGUAUCCUCAAUCUAGAGUUCGUGGAUCCUUCACUUAUUUUUCUGCUGGCGGAGGAUCAGGUACUGUGAUGAGUGACGGCGCAGUUGUGUUUCCCGUGCAGGCCACAAAGGAUGGGAGGAACGUUUUGCUGAUCCUGCGCUUCACCCCGUUCCUGAAUAGAUGGGGGCCUGUAGUCGAUACGGUGGGUGAAGGUUGCCACAAUCCAUCGAUUGUGGAGUGGGGCGAAGUCGAUGACCGACGCAUCUUCGUGAUGGCUCCCUGUACGGAUGGCUCCUAUCACGUGCACAAGUCUUUAAUAUCUUUGUACUAUUGGUCUGACGGUGAACCAAUUUCUCAAGUGUGGGGCAACUCACGUGAUCGAAAAGGCGAGGGCGCGCGAAGUGGUUUCAUCAGUGCAACCAUCGAUGGAAUGAAGCUGAUGCUGCUCAGCACGCCGGUGUAUUCUGAGGAGAAGGGAGAGGGUCAAGCUGCAUCUUUGGAUGACAGACAAUGCCCGUGUGCACGACGUUGGGCCGGUGUCUCGCGAAGGUGA